AAAACACCAGCCCUUAACUUAAGAUCGUUUACGGCUUUGCCAGCUGCACAAACGUGGCUCUCUCGAAACGAGUCCGACGCUGAUCUCCAUGGAAGUACGUGCAAGUCCCCGAAAAUAGCCCCGGCCAUCUGCGGCGCCGGAGCUCGGCGGCAGAGCCGGGGGCCGGGGCCGGGGCCGGGGCAGCGCCGGCGGUGAGUAACCCCGCUCCGACGGAGCCGCACGUCCCCGCGCCGGGAGCGCUGCACGGCCAACGGCCAACGGCCCCGCGCUCGCGCUUCAGGAGGGAGCCUCUGCCUUUUCACUGCGUGCCUCUGCACCUUAACACCACGCGCCAGCCUCCCUCUCGUUAGCUGUCAUUUUUUUUUAAUUGGCAAAUAAGGUGAACAGGAAAUCACCCACGCGUCGGGCAAGCCGCAAACAAAUUACCUAGAACACAAAUGAGCAGUCCUAACUGUAAAUAAAUACAGAAAACCAGGGCAAACCCCCCCCACCUAUUAGGCUGAGACGUGGAACAGCCUCAAGCUACACCACCAGACCGCUGCUCCACAGGUCUCCCGCCAAGAGAAGAGGCCCUGUGGCCAACAAUGGAAGGCACUCUAGACCCUUGAACAAAGAGCACCAGAGCGGUCACAUCGAGAAAGGAAAAAAGAUAUUGUAAGAUGUUCAACACCAGCACAAGCUCCUUGGGAAACAACUGCAGUCACAGCACAGUGAUAACUAAGACAGUCAUUCCCCUGGUCUACUGUUUGAUUUUCAUAGUAGGACUCUUGCUGAACAGCGUGGCAGCAUGGAUCUUCCUGUACGUUUCUAGCAAAAAGAGUUUUAUUGUCUAUCUCAAGAACAUUGUUGUUGCCGAUCUCCUAAUGAGCCUAACAUUUCCUUUCAAAAUUCUUGCUGAUUCAGAGAUUGCACCGCCACAGCUCAACACGUUUGUGUGCAGAUACUCUGCCGUUGUUUUUUAUACAAACAUGUAUAUCGGGAUCACUUUUUUUGGCCUCAUCGGUUUUGACAGAUACUACAAAAUUGUAAAGCCUUUAUUCACCUCCUUUGUUCACACGGUUAAAUACAGUAAGGUGGUCUCUAUAAUCAUAUGGUUAUCAUUAAUGAUUAUAUCAAUUCCAAAUAUUAUUUUAACUAGUGAAAUCACUAAAAAAAAUUAUUCCAGAAAAUGCAUAGGGCUUAAAAGUGAGCUUGGCAGACAGUGGCACAAGGCAUCAAGUUAUAUUUGCACAGGGAUUUUCUGGGUCGUUUUUCUUCUGCUAAUCAUUUUUUACACUUCUAUAUCAAAAAAAAUAUAUAGCUCCUAUAAAAAAUUCAGAAGGAGCUCAGAUGUGACCAAGAAAAAAACCAGCCGUAAUAUAUUCAGUAUUAUGUUUGUUUUUGUCGUUUGCUUUGUACCCUACCACCUCUGCAGAACUCCGUACACGCUAAGUCAGACCAGCUCCCAAUUCGACUGCCAGUCAAAAGCAGCUCUGUUCUACGCAAAGGAGUUUACUCUCAUGCUGUGCGCCGCGAACGUGUGCCUUGAUCCCAUUAUUUAUUUUUUCCUCUGCCUACCCUUUAAAGAAAAGCUGUAUCAAAAACUGCGUCUCAAGCUGAAAACUUCAAGUGAGGUUGAAAUUUCUAAAUCCAGAAGAUCAAACACACUUCGGGAAAGUGUAAACAUAGUGUAGGCUCGGGUCUGUAAAAUAAUGCACAUUUCAGAAAGUUAUUCAAGAACGCAAAUGCCUCAAAGAAACUGAACAGACGAGAACCAGCAAUAAACCAGAAAAAAAACGCUUCAGCAUAAAACACCAAGUGGUGUUUCUCUGCAUAAAAACAUUAUUGCGUGUUGCCAAGAUAUUUACUCCGUGCUAUUUCAGCGGAUGCUGUGAUUGCAUUUCGGUGCGAUACGACCUGUCUGGAUCUCAAAACGAGAGAGAGGAGUAACUGGAACACCACGCUGCGGAGCCUCCGGGCCGGGGUUCUCUGCCCGCAUUAUCCAACAGACCCAAGAAUCACAGCGAUUUGCUGCGGCUCCUCAGGCAGCGGGGCCGGGGGCCGGCUCGCUGCAGCCCGGCCGGCGCUGAGCCCUCGGGAAGCUCAGCACGAGCCUCUGCCGGGGGCUCCUCCGGCCCUGCCGAGGGGACCGAGACCCCGAGGGGAAGCUCCCUCGUGGAUUCAGCGGCUCCCGAAGCAAAGGCUCGAAGGCAACGUGCAGCCUGGGGAAGGGCUCUACUGUGACAACUGGGGGGGAGGGAAAGAGAAGGAAAGAAAAGGAAAAAAGGGAAAAAAUACCCGCACAGAGAUCUGCACAGAGCCUGAAAAACCCCUGGUGAAAUUAAAAAUAGGUGUACAAAUAGGUUUUCUUUGGGGAAAUAUUCUGUAAAAUUAAAAAUUAAACGUGACUAUCAGUCACCCUCGGGCACCAAAUGUCCGAAUAUUUCCGUAAAAUGUGAUGUUCAAGUGUUUAAAGAGGAUCCUGCUGUAAACUAAACAGCACAGUUACGCUGUACCAUAUUGCUCAGGACUUUUCUGAAAUAACACGGUGUACACCAAAAAUGUUCACGCCAAACUGACUGAGACUUUAGUCACUCCCUCGCUGUUGUUGCAGGAGGUAAGAACACUCAAGGAGCUGUUUGAAAAAAACACACCAACAGCUGUCUGGAAACUCGGGUAUAUUUAAGACUAGAAAGAAUGCUUUGUUGGUUUUCCCAUGCUUCUGGCGCAAUGAUAAAGCACUUCUCUCUGCACCAAGGUAAUAGCUGAAAGCCACCAACCUUCUAUAUAUAAAUAUAAUCUCUUUUUAAACUGUA